CCAGCCUGCACGUCUGUUUGAAGGUAAAGGCAUCAUGCCUCCUCCACCCCUGCAGGUUUUGGUGUAAAACAUCUGAAUCCAUGCUUAAAAUCUCUCCAUAAGAGUGUCAGGGUGUUGUACAGAUUAAGAGAGAUCACGUAACUGCGUUAAAUGUUAAAUAAGCUUGUUAUUUGGACUCGAUUCUGUAGCGUUAUUUACCUGCUGAACACCGAGUCCUCCCCCACAUCAGGUUGCGUGGGCCGAAUGCUCCACGCGGCUGUGCAUCCUGUAGAAAUACGUACUGAUAUGUUGCUGGCGAACCACUCCUUCUCUAGGUCCAUGUGGGCUUCAUCCACCCCUUUAGCCGCUACUUCAUACUCCGUGUAUUCAUUUGGAUACUGUUCGCCCCAAUAGCGUGUCUUUAUUAAAUUCACGUGACGUCACAUCCUCGCUUAGAGUGACCACGUAAUCUAGGCGACCCCAUUUUAGUACUUUUUUGGGGUUGCAGAGAUGACGUGGACCAAUCAGAACAUUUGUAAGCCUAUAUAAUGCUUGUAUGGGCCCUUAUCCGGUGCCCUAUUGUGGUUUCUGUCUUCAUACACAUUUAGUGCUUAUAGUAAGUCUCUCUUGAUAUUCUGAUAUUGACCUUGGUUUGUAUUUGACUUUGAGUAUUUCUGGAAUCCUGACCUGGCUUGUUUAUUCACAUAUAUGUAUUUUGUAUUAUUCUGACCUUGGCUAUUACUGAAUUUGUCUCUUGUUAACGUUAAGUUCGGCCACUAUAAGGCCUGGUAGUAUGUCUAUAUUAGAACCUCUAUUUGUGUGAUUCCCCAUUUCCUGUAAGCUACUAAACUGGUUCAUGGAUUGUGGGAUAAAACUUACCAGGAAAGGUUAAAGUAUCUUAACAUGUAUAGCUUGGAGGAAAGGCGAGACAGGGAGGAUAUGAUAGAAACAUUUAAAUAUAUAAAGGGAAUCAACACAGUAAAGGACGAGACUAUAUUUAAAAGAAGAAAAACUACCACAACAAGAGGACAUAGUCUUAAAUUCACCAUGCGACCUACUCAGUCUCCAUCAGACCUCGCCCCCCAACACUAUUUUAAACUAAACCUUGUAUGAAUUUCCUGCUUAUAGUAAUGGUUAUAUUGAUCAUUGUAUCACUUGUGGUGGUGUGGAUGUGCCAUAAUAUUUAGUUUUUGGAAUAUUUUAUGUGUUGUAAUUAUAAAUCGCUGGAUUUACCACUUUGGACUAAGCAUCACUGAAGAUCUAUACAUUUCCCAUUCCAAAGAAAUACAGGCACCUAAUUUGGUACGCUCUCAAUUCACUGUUGUAACCAUUCUUGUCCUCAACUCAAACCCAAACUCUGAUACAUAGAUAUUUGACCUGGUUAACGUUUUCUUACCAACAGCUCCGUCAAACAAAUAUUUUGGCCAGCUGGGAUAAAUCUGAAUCGUACAAAAUGUGAUUAUAUUCUGCAAUCACAAGCUCUAGAGAAGGUUAAAGUCAAACUGAAUUGGAUGUCAUCUACUGUAAAGUAAACCUUAAAUUUCCUGAAAUAUCCUCUAAAAACAUUUGCUGGUUCAGAAAUGUGCCUUCUCCUCUCCUCCUCAAUUUUUCCUCUCUCUUUCAUCCAGUAGAUGUACUCUAUGUCCUUUCCAAAAAUAUCAUAUGUUCAAUUUCACCCUCUAUUCUCGGAGUUACGCAGGUUUUAGCAGUUUAUGUUUUAAAGUAGCUGUGCUGUUGGACAAUUUCCACAACUAUUUUUUUCUUUCUUCAUCAGAUGUGUUUUUCUUUGUAUGAAACAACUUCAACACAAAAUUAUAUUUUUUUUAUGCUGCUACACAAUCAAAAUAGAAAUAUCAAUUACCUCCACUGGAAGCAGGUAGAACACUCCACUUUCAGGUAAUGGCUGGAUAAAGAAGAGUCAGUUUGUGCCAAAGAGGAGUUCAUGCACUCGAUCUGUGACACAGUACUAAAAGACGGAAACAUGGUUUUACUGGCUGAUUAAAGUGGUGCCACAGAAGCAUACAGCCUCUAUUGUUAGUUAUGGUCUGCACCCAUUCCACCUUACUCUCUAACCCUCUAAUAUUUUUUCCUAAUUGGGUCUAUGUCCUUGUUGUCAGUUCCCACAUCUCUGGGCCUUCAUCUCUGGAAAUCCUUAGCCCUUAGAGGAGCCCUUUCCCAACUGGCCUCUUGCCUUCCCCAUGUCUAUCCACACCUAAUCUCCACUGCCAUACAAUACCACCUUCUGUUGAAACACUGCUCUUAAUCUCUCACCAAACUUGAAUCCUGCCUUUAUGCCCUUAAAAUAUGCCUUUAUAUGACUAUGGUUGUUACUGUUACCUACUGAUCACGUGAAGGAUUUGGAAGUAUAUUACCGACACCAGGCAUUUUCAUAACUGUUUCACUGUUGGUGAAAAAACUCGCCAACAACAUUUAGUUUAUUUCCAUCAUAUAAAUACCCAUCCUUUAAAUCUAAAAAGAAAUCCUCAGUGUCCCACUCCCGCUGAGCUGAAGGGGUUAUACACUUACCUUUCUCCAGCACCGGGCUCCCUCGGCACUGGGGAACUCUCCUCCUCCUUCCGACGUCAGAUCCGAAUGCGCAUGCGUCGCAAGAGUUUCCUAUGGUCGGUUUGAAUGCACGUGCGGCUUUUGCCACGCAUGCGCAUUCGGAUCUGACGUCGGCAGGAGGAGGAGAGUUAAAAGAAUUACUCAAUGCUUUCCUAUGGACGGCAGCGUCUUCUCACUGUGAUUUUCAUAGUGAGACUCUCGGAAGCGCCUCUAGCGGCUGUCAGUGAGACAGCCACUAGAGGCUGGAUUAACCCUCAGUGAAACAUAGCAGUUUCUUUGAAACUGCUAUGUUUUCAGCUACAGAGUUAAAACUAGAGGGACCUGGCACCCAGACCACUUCAUUGAGCUGAAGUGGUCUGGGUGCCUAUAGCGGUCCUUUAAGUUUUGAGAUCUUGAACUUUGCCCUCUCCCCUGCCAUGUGAGGAGGUAGGGCUAGAGUGGCAGGAAGAAGAGGGCAGGGGAGAAGCCAUAUUCUCUGACUAUGCAUAAAGAAAGUGUUUCAAUUAUCCAUUCCUGCUGGGACAGUGAAAUAAUAACCGGGGAAGGCUAGCGUACUGCAACUACAAGACGUUGGAGACUGUCUACUGCCCUGCUAGGAGAAUUAGAAGACUUGUUAUUUAAUGUUCAGCUCCCUGCAGAUUCUGGAACUUUCUGCAGGAGUGUGAAUGAGCUCUUGCAUCCUGUGAGCAGAAGGAAGAGAAAGGAUUGCCAUUGCUGUUCUGCUGCUGUCCUACAUUCGUCUGGAUCUCUGUGGGAAUAUCUGCAGUUACAGAAGUCACCCAAAGGUCCUGUCUCCAGAGAUUGCUUCAGGAUUCUCCCUUACAACUAUACCUGGGUAGCGCUACCUACACUUAAGGGCCCCAACGUUGUGCACAUAAUUUACCGGCAGGUACCUAGGAGUUUAACUGUUCAGAUGUAAUUAUUGAUGUUAUUAAGAGAAGUUUGUUGUCUGCAUUCCUGCUGCUAAAGACUCUUGUGACUGUAUCAUUCCUACAUCAGGGACUCUAUCAUCAUUUAACAUUAACCAGGAACUGCAUUGUUAUUUCUGCUGUUAUAUGUGUAUUUCUUUAACUACAAUACAGUGUGUAUUUCCAUGUCUGUAGUUAUUUCAUGUCUCUGAGUUAUUAAGUGGAGGGCACUCAUCUACUCAGUGGGGUGGGUUCCCCAUAAAUAGAAGUUGCACUGAGUGGAGGCACUGUGUCAGAACAAGAUGUCUCGAUCUCCCAACUAUAGCGGAGGCUCAGGAUCCCUGUCAGCGACAGAAGAUGGAGUAACUGCUGCUAGCUACGGCUUGUUGCCAGAAGCAGGGCAAAAAGAGGUUACAUUUGCAAUUAGGUAAGCAUAUAGGCAUACAAAUGUUGCUUGAGACAGUGAACAUCACAUCCACGUAAAGUUUUAUACAACAAUAUCUCAAUCAUUAUUUUGGCCUACCCCUGUUUUUGCAUAAAGGUAAAAACCAAAAGACAAAAAUAAGAAAAAUAAAAGAGACAAUCCACUGUCAACCCACCAUAAGACACCUUCCAGGUUAUCCCACUAUUGAAUUUUUGUACUCCUCCCAAAUAGCCCAUUUUUUAGAAAAGGAUUUCAAUGAGUUAUGCACCAUAACCGAUAAUUUAUCCAUCAGAAAAUUAUCAUUUAUCCUACUCUUGAUCUUAGUUAUAGUCAGGACUUGCGUAUUCUUCCAUUCCACAGCCAAAAGACCUCCUUGCUGCCAGUGUGAUUUUAUUCACACUGAAUGCCAAGGUAGAUUGUCAAUAGGUUUGAACAAGAGUACACCCAAGGGUCCAGGUCAAAUGACCUAGGAAAGACCUGAAACAAGAACAUCUUAGUGCUUUCUCAGUAAGUGUGAACCCGAGGACAAUCCCACCACAUGUGUAUUUAAGUGCCCCGCAAUCCACAUUGUCUCCAGCAUAUAUCUGUGGGAGUUUUCCCAAUUUUAUAGAGUCUAACCAGCGUAGUGUGCCAUCUCAGUAGACUAUUGAACAUCUGCUCUUGCAGACCCACACAGAUGGAAACCUUCCUGUCUUCCCAGGUUUCUCAAUCUUGUUCUGACCCUCUACUUUCUCACACAGGGCCUCAGAGAAUGUAGGACUUCUCAUGUCUGACUGCCUGAUACCUUCCCAUAUAGCAUAGUAUCUAAUUUGCAUAUAUCAGAAAAUAUAUUGAGCUCAAAAAGCUGGCAUCUUAAAUAGUUCUUGAAAAUGUAAAAGCUCAUUUGUCCACUAGAGGUGCUGGAAGUGUUAGAGCCCAGCCUUUUCAAUAUUGGCAAAGUCCCUUGAUACCAUUCCCGGAGGGAACUCUCUGUUCCUCAAUAUUAGGGUUAGUGGAGAGGGGCAGCUAGACAAAGUAAAUUUCAAUCUAACCCUAUCCUAUAGGCUAAAAGAAUGCAAGAUAGCUGGGCAUGAAGUUUUGAUGAAAGCUAUUUGGGGCUUGUCAUGGCAUACAAAAAAUUGGGGCAAGUCAGCUCCCAUUAGUCCUUACUCCGCUACAGGUGUGGCGUGCCAAAAAACAAUGUGCCAAUUGGGCUGCUACAUAAUAUAUAUAAAGAUGGGGCAGACCCAAGCCACCAUGUGAUCUAGGGCCAUAGAGCACUUUUCUGGCCACUCUAUGCCUUUUGGCCCCCAGAUGAAUUUAUCAAAGUCAGACUGGAGGUUAUUUAGCCCCCACUCUAGGGACACGAAAACAUUUGAAUACCUGCACAUAUUUGAAAGCUUUAACAAAAUGUUUCCCUUUAACGCACAUUUAUAACCACUUACACGUCACUAGUGUAACCUGCCAAUAUAUGAAUGGGUAAUUAUGUUAAAGAAACAACCAGACAGAUAUGUAUUCAGCUGAAUCAGGGCUAGGUUUUGGACAAAAAAACAAUCAAGAUUGAACUGGAUUGGAUAGUUCUCCCUGAAGGCAAGUGUCACAGGAUGUGUUGUGUCUCCCUGAUUAAAUGGGAUUUAUAUCAACUAAUUAUAUGGCAAGCUGGAUGAACACUGUGGUUCAGAGUGAUUUGAUCAUGUGCUUUCACUAUCUGUUCAUCCAUCUCUCUUUAGGUCAAUUUAUAUAUUUAUUUCAUUUAUUUUCUAGCAGCCGUUGUUCCAUAGAAAUUUCUCUCAAGAACAGUGACCUAUUUACAAAAGUCAUGCUUUUAAAAAGAUAAAUUAUAAAAAUAAAAAAUAAAAAUGCAUUCACUGAAGUGUGAUAUUCAUUUGUUUAUAAAAUAUUUCCUGGGAAUAUGUAAUGAAAUUUCAUAGAAAAACAACAUAAAAACAGUGUAAAGACAUUAAAAAAAAAAAAACAUAAAGCGUAAACAUUUCCAUUCAGUCUGAGGAGAGCUCUAUUUUUUGUCAAACCACUGAAAAUUAGUUUGACGUAAACCAGGUGCACAGCAACUAAAGUCACUUUCUAAAUAGCAACUACAAUGAGUUGUUGUAGUUAUGGUGCUUAAAGUGCCCUUAAGUUUUUUGUAUUAAGUAUUAUUAUUUAUUAUUAUUAAUAUAUCACCAACAAAUUAUGCAGUGGUAUAAUCCCCACCCUUGGAUGUCAGUGGUUGGUGUGCUAUUUAAUGAUAUAAAUAGGGGAAAAUAAAAACAAAAUAUUGUACACCGUAUGGAGUGCAAAUUGAGAUAAAAAGGUUAAAAUCUACUCUCAUUUAGUAGAGCAAAUAAGGAUUGCUCUAUCCAACAGGUAUAGGUGGAUUUAUCCCCACCAAGGAUGUAGAUGUUCGUGAGUACAUCAGCAAACAAGUCCAAUAAAAAAGUAAUUUUAUUAAUAAAAAAAAAGAUAAACUAUAAAAGGAAUAAAGUAAAAUAGCUAUAUAAAACAUUUCAAAAUACACUUAACGCGUUUUGCCACUUGAAUGGCUUCGCAACAAAGAAAUUCCCCAGGCACAGCUUGAAAAAGACCUCUUAGGAGGUCAAAACGUUACUGUUCUUUUUUGUUUCAUUAAAGCUGCCUGCGGCGUUAACACUUUGAGUGCCUGGGGAAUUUCUUUGUUGCCUUGUCGUUGUGGGAUUGCUGGUCCUGCUCCGGAGCACCGGGUGGCUGCUGGGAUUGAGUGCGGCUCCUACCAUAAUUUUUGCAUUCGAAUGGCUUCAUCCAAAGUCUUAGAGGAGACGACCAGUACUGCUUUAAAUAGAAGUGUAAAAUUCAAAUCUAAUGGUUCAAUGACAUCAUAGUUCACAUGACCUAAGCCAAUUCAAUGAACCAAAUUUUUAUUACAAAACAUAAAAAAGCAAAAAAACACAAUAUUGUACUUCUAUAGCUGUAUUUUAACCUAACUGGCACAAUUGUACUGCAAAACUAGCUUUAUUUUAGUUAAUUUGAUGUAAACUUCAAAGGGGGAUGGAAGUUGAAAAGGUCACAAUGACACAGACGGCCGCGCCCACAUGACCAGGCCAGCCAGGCAAAUAUAUACGCUUUCCAGGCUCCGUGACAUGUGAGUGCAUACCUGUUAUCAGUUUUAUUCAUACACUUUUUUUUUUUUUUUUAAUUCUUUAUUUUCUGUUGUGCAUGAAAUAACAACAUGCUUACUCAGCCACGAUAGCCGUUGUAAGCGGUAAUAGGCAUAACAUACAAAACAUGACCAAGUAAUAUACAGCACAAUUUUUACAUUUUGUUGAGAGAGAAAAAGUAGAGUAGGCCAAGAAUCGAUGUGCUUUGCUCUUAUGUUUUGUUUUAUCUGCCCUGUGUGCCUCGGGUUUACUGAGUAAUGCUAGCUCAGGGGGCUAUCCUCCCAUGGUGCCCAUACUUUCUGGAAUUGUUUUUGCGUCCCCCUGACUCUUGCUGUCAGUUCAUCCAUCAUAUGUACCUCCCUUAUUCUAUUAAUGAUCCCCGUGAGGGGUGGAGUGGUCUGUUUGAGCCAGUCUGCUGCCACCGCUCUCCUGGCUGCUAGAGUUACCUUGUGGAUGAGUUUUUGUUCGCAUCUAGUCCACCCGUCAGUUGUUCUGCUGAGUAAAUAUAACCUUGGGUCUAGGGGGGGGGCCCUGUUCAGCACUUGGGUUAGGAUCUCUCUAAUUUGUUGCCAGAAUCUUUGCAUCAGGGGGCAUUCCCACCACAUGUGGAUAUACGUCCCUUUCUGUCCGCAUCCCCUCCAACAGAAAUCAGUGGGACUUUUUUCAUUUGGUAUAGCUUUACCGGGGUUGUGUACCAGCGAAGCAUCGUUUUAAUUGCUUGCUCCUGCAUCGUUACGCAUACUGAUGAUUUAUGGUUGGCCUCCCAGAUUUCCUGCCACUCUAUUCCCUCCAGUUGUUCCCCUAGGUCCCUUUCCCAAUGUUCUGUGUAUGUUAAAGUUUCCCCUGCGUUAGGCAUAGAGCAGAGGUGGGCGUAUAGCCUAGUUAUCAGGCCCGUAGGCAUGCGGUCUUGCGAACAUAUUUGUUCGAAGAAAGUCAUGGGUUUUUGGGCUGCCGCUCUAACCCAAGGGAGUUUUAUAAAAUCUUUUAUUUGAAGGUACCGGAAAAAGUCAGCAGGCGUGAGGUGACCCCUUUGUUGCAGGGCAUCGAAGGUUACGCUUUCUGAAUUUUGAACUAGUUGAUGUAUUCGUUGCAGACCUAUUCUUUCCAGAUUCCUAAAAUUGCGUGCCUCCAUUCCGGGUGGGAAUGCCCUAUUCCAAAGAAAAGGCAUCGGGGGGAUGGGGCUGAUGCCAGCCCAUGUCGCUGUUGAGCUCUAUCCCAAACAUGGAUAGAGUUUAAUAUGGCUGGGCAUGUAACUCUAAUAAUUGGUCUUUUAUCUUUGGGGACCCAUAUGAGGAGCUGAGGGAUAUCCGCCCCUACCAUCAAGGACUCUAAGUCCACCAUUUCCGUUCUCCCGGUGGCGAGUGCCAUAAUACUAUUUGUGCUAGUUGUGUCGCCAAGUAGUAGCCAUAUAAAUUAGGGAGACCGAGGCCCCCUCUGAUUUUAGGUCUGUAUAGUAUGUGUCUCGAAAUUCUAUGGCGUUUGUGUUGCCACACAAAGUUCCCAAUCGCUUGUUGCAAUGGUGCUAAGUGUGUUUUAGAGAGGUGUAUAGGUAAUGAUUGGAAGUAGAAUAAUAUCCUGGGUAGGAUGUUCAUUUUGACCGCAUGAAUCCUCCCUAUCCAGGAGAUGGGCCUAUCAUGCCAUGUCUCCAGGUCCCUGAUGAGUUGUUUUAUGAGUGGUGUAUAGUUCUGUUGGAAAAGUUGUUCUGGGUCAGCUGUCAAUUUGAUGCCUAGGUAUUUAAUCGACUGUCAUACACUUUUAUUCGAUAUACUGCACUACAUAGUUUUAUUUUUCCCAUAUAUCUACGAGAGUCACCACCACUACAAGAAUCUACUGUAAGAGUCUACACUCCACCAUCUACGUAGGCAGGGAUCAUUCCGCCCAGGCGUUCAAGUUGAAGCUACAUCUUAGCUCCUAAAAAGUGUGAGUGUGAGAAUAUUACAUAUUCUGAGGAGCCUUACAAUUAUAGAAAGGAGAUAUUUAGAGGUGAAGAAGGCCUUGCUCAUACAAGCUUACAAUCUAUGAGGUGUCUUGCCAAGGGACGCUUACUGGUAGACUUGAAUGCACACCUGUACGUCCUAGUUCUAAGGUAAUGAUGUUACCACUGCUCUAACCAAGAGACAGUUUGAUUGCCCCCAACUCAUCCAUGCAACUGUGCUAGUAAUAUUUAUUCUGUUGCAUGAAUGCCCAGUCAUAAAACCUUUCUUAGAGAAAGAGCAAAGGAUUCUUUACAAACACCACUUUGACAACAAUAUUUAUUUAUCCUUCACCUUUUCCUAUUUUGUAUGGGAUAUUUGUUGUCCACAAAAAAGACACACUCUAUUUGACCUAUCAGUGUCUACUGAAAACUAAAUACAAAUAUAAAAAAGAAUCAUUAGUGUUUUUCGUUUAUAUAUAAAUUCUUUGACAGGUUAGGAACUGCAUAGAUUUUUACCCAGUUGUACCUCAGAGGGACAUAUAAAUUAGUCCAAACUGAAGGUCAAGCACUAAAUGGAAUUUUUGAACAAGACCCCAAAGUCCAGCACUUUCUUGACCGCUUAACCCCUUAUGGACCAAACUUCUGGAAUAAAAGGGAAUCAUGACAUGUCAAACAUGUCAUGUGUCCUUGAGGGGUUAAAAUAUCCUAAUACUUACCACCUUGCAUUAAAAAUAGAAAGACAUACACUUUGUUCAAGCAUCAAGUCCCAACCUUCCUUUCCACUGGAGCAAUAUUUCACUUUUGUUUUUUAAACAACUGCACGCGACCCUUAAUUUACAAUCCCUUAUUGAAGUCUAAUAUUUUCUCGGUAGUUUUGCUUCAAGAUCCAGAUAUUUUAGAGAUACUUUAAAGACUGGUAAAAAAAAGUGAAACUCUAGAACCGGGGUAGUCAGCCUUUGGUACACCCAAGAUGUUGUGGACUAAAUCUCCCAUGAUGCUUUGCCAGAAUUACGGCCGUAAGAGCAUCAUAGGAGAGUUGCCUACCCAUGCUCUAGAUAGAAAGAUGAACCCUGGAUAAUUUUGUUUUCUAAUAAUAAUAGCUUUACUCAUGAAAAAGCAAAGCUUGUCUGAGCUACACUGUACAACUACAAUCUGUAAACAACAAUGUAGAAAAAAAACCAAAUAAAUAUGUAAUUAAAUAGACUGCUGUAGUGUUUGGGAUGGAUAGAUAAAUUAAGUCAAUCCAAGGAUUUGAAAAUGUGCUUGUAUGUUCAUAAGGGGUUUAUUUACAUGCUCCUUUUUAAAAUGAAGUCAGGUCACUCCUACAACUUUGCAAAAUUCAUUAAGGAAGGUGUCAUGGUGAACCUAUACUACAGUUCACUUUAUUUGUACUACAUAAAUAAAUAUAAGCAUAAUUUAGCAAUUAGAAAUGUUUGUCCUCAUUGCCACUCUGUAACUCUACUCACAGACAUUAAAGCCUUGUAGUAGGAUAAUGUUUAUAAAUGUCUUUACAAAGCAUAACCCACAGAAUAUUAGUCAGGCUUCGAAAUAGUGUGCGCUGCUUCUUGUUAUAAAUAUAAAAUUUUACACAGUGUACACAGCGCCUCCUCCUGUCUAUACAUGAUUUAGCAAGUCAAAUUUUGAAAGUCACAAUGAUAUGUUUAAUAAAAAAAAUAAAUCAUUGCAGUUUCAGAAAUCUUGAAGGACUAUGGAUAUGCUUUAUGUUGCAUGGUAUUCUACAUACAUUGAAUGUAUCCUCAACACAAACACAGUGUUUCCCCAAACUGCAUCAAUGAAUGAAUCAACAGGUAAGAGAUGUGUUACCAUUUAACCAAACUUGUUGAUCAGAUCUCUUUAGGUGAAUAUAGUGAGUUUACUGAAACAAACAAUGAAUACAUGAUUUUGCCAAUAUACUAACUCUGCAACAUUUGAGAUUUCAGACUGAAAUUAUUACUAUUUUAUCAAUUUGCGCUUUUACGAUUAUGUGUUGUACCAUUCUUUUUUCUCAGUCUAUAAAACAGCAAAUGGACCACGCAAUGACUUAAAGGAUCACUAUAGUGUCAAGAAAAAAAAAAUCGGUUUUCCUGAUACUAUAGUACCCCGAGGGUGACCUGAGGGUCCUCCUCCCGUGGUGCUGAAGGGGUUAAAACCACUUCAGUUACUCACCUUAUUCCACCGCCGGGCUCCCUUACCUCUCCUCCCCCACCGACUUCAGCUCCCCGUCUGACGUCAGCGGAGCGGAAUGCUUUCCUAUGGACGCUCUGCAUGAUGGAGGCAUAAUAUGCCUCCAGCGUUGCAGAUGCGCCUCUAGUGGCUGUCCGGAAGACAGCCACUAGAGGCUGGCUUAACCCCAAAUGUUUACAUCUGAAGGGUUAAAACCUGAGGGACCUGGCACCCAGACCACUUCAUUGAGCUGAAGUGGUCUGGGUGACUAUAGUGUCCCUUUAAGCAUAUUUGUUAAAGGUAAUAUUAUUGCUUUUUUUAAAUGUAAAAUUAAUUAAAUAAUUUGAAGCUCCAUACCAGUAAGGAGUGUAAGAGUGGAAUUCACUAUUUUCCCCAAUCAUCAGGUGUCACUAAAGGAAUGGUAACGAAAGUCAGAGGAGGGUUUGGACACCUAAUGGCAGUGUCAUUGGCCAAACAAAUUAGUAGUGGUUUUAAUUUUUUCUCUUCUCCAUUCUAUGUUGUUGUCCAGCUUCUUAUUUUUUUUAAAUAUUCUUUAUUUAAGGUCAGAUGACAAGAAGUAUGUUAUACAAUACAAGAAUAUGGUAGGUUUCGCCAUUUGUAUUCCUUGAACUUGUUCUGUAUUAGGCUCCUUCUCAUUGUUCAAGGAAAUGGUAGAAAAUCAAAUUAAUCUCCAACUUACUCAUGUCAUAGACGAGAGACAACUGGUCUUCCUGGAUUUUAAAGUUAACAUUCUUGACGAUGGGGAAAUCACCACGUCACUAUUUAGGAAACCCACGGCAACAAAUAGUUUGCUUCAUUGGCAGAGUUUCCAUCCACAUCAUGUAAAAGCCAAUAUACCUUAUGGCCAAUAUCUAAGAGCGAAAAGGAAUUGCUCUAACCUGGAAGACUAUGAAAAGGAAGCCAAGGAAUUAAGAAACAGAUUUAAGAGUCUGGGCUAUCCUAACAGAAUUUUAAAGAAAGCUUAUCAAAGAACUAAAGCUGUUGAUAGAUCUGAGAGCCUACACAGACCUCCUAAAAAUACCUCAACAUCCCCAGGCGUAACUAGAUUUAUAGGUACAUACGACAAACAUGGGAACCAGGCACAACAAGUGUUUAAUAGAAACUGGCCGGUAAUACAGUAUGGCACAUGCCUCAAAAAUAUGAUCACUUACCAACCCUCAAUGACCUAUCGAAGAGCAAGGAACUUGAAAGAUCAUCCAACACACAGCCAUUUGAAACCAGCACAAAUUACAUCUACAUGGCUCCAAACAACUAAAGGCCUUUUUAAAUGUGGUCACUGUAAGGCCUGUGACUUUAUUUUACCAUCCAAAACGGUUUGCAACAAGAGAACAUUCAAAGACAUAGUUAUUAAUUCCUUUAUUAACUGUAGCUCCACUAAUGUCAUCUACUUCAUAACUUGUGAGUGUGGGUUACAGUAUAUCGGUAAAACGUACAAGCAAUUAUGCAGAUGGAUUCUACAACAUAUUAAUUCUAUCACUAAUCUACAUAUUGAUACUCCAAUUGCCAAAUAUGUACGAUUAAAUCAUGCAUCUAAACCCAGUGUACUUAAGUUCCAGGUGAUCCAAAAAAUAUUUCUUAAUCAUCGUAAAGGAGAUAUCAAUAUUUCUCUACUUAAGGCAGAGUCUCGUUGGAUUUACUCAUUUCAAACAUUAUACCCUAAAAGACUGAAUGAGGAGUUUAAUUUUACUCCAUUCAUUCACUCAUAAAGUGUGGGAGUUUCUCUCUCCCCUUUUUUUCAGGUUCAUAUAUAUACAAUUUCGAACCCCAAUAUGGCUUUUCUUUAGCUUAAUACUAAGUUUUAACAUCACAUAAUGUUAAGCUGUAUAUAAUAAAACAGGGGAUUAGGUUAUGACUAUGAUUUCAUUUCAAUUUUUUCAGUCACUAAUCAUGACAAUUAUUUUCUAACAUGGACAGACAGAAUUAUAUUUGCCCUGCUUAUUCUUUCCAUCUGUACCAGGACACACUGGACUAUUAUUGGAACUGUUGGGAAUUCAUUUCAACAAUUUGCAGCUAUAAUGGGUUGAGUGUGACUCUGUAUUAUCACAAAAUAUCCUGCUUAGUAUAUACUCAGCAGGAUGAUCUGUAGGAGAUGAUAUCUCCCCUUUUACCACUCUACAGAUUAUGGUUACAUAAGUCUCAGAUAGUAACAAAGGUGUUCUCACUCCUCACUGGAUACAUCGGGCAAUUAAGUUACCGGUAACAUGGUAACAUAUUUGUUACAAAUAAGUUGCUGAGUAUUAAUUUACAAUGUUUCCCACCAGACCCCACCUUAUGAACCACUCAAGAUACUAGUCUUUAACAAUUUAGCAUCAAGGUAUAUACAGCUUCACUCUUCACUUUACUCUUUGCCAAGUAUUAUUUGUAUUAUAUUACUAUAACUUUUUAAUUCAAUUUAACAUAAGGUAUACGUGUAUACUACUAAAUUCUUCACUGCUUGCCUAGUAUAUUUACAUUGGAUUACAUCACCAUAUUAUAUAGUUUUUUUGUUUCAUUUAAUUUAUACAAUUAACCUCUUUCACUGUAUACCCAGCCACUUGGGGUUAACUGCUGGAAGAGCUAGGCUUCACCCCCUCCUAUCGGGUCGACAAGAUUAGUAUCCAAUCACUAUGGAGGGUGGGAUAUUUAAAUGACUGUUACACCUAGAUUUGGUUCCCUUGGAAGAGCCGACAUUUGGCGAAACGCGCGUCUGGACAAGAUUAGCUGAGGGUGGAGGAGUUAGACAGGGACGAUGUUGCAGCUGUUACUUCUCUCCUAGUUUAGCCACCCUCUUUGUUUUUAUUGAUAUUUAGACAGUUAGCCACCUAGAAUUUUUGGCUACAUUUUCUUACAGCCAAGCGGUUGGGGAUUUUGCUACAACGGUGGUACUGGGUGAUAGGAGUCAGGGGGCUAUACUUUCUGUAAAUUGAUACUGGUUACACUUUUACCUUUUAAAAUCCUUGCAACACUGGUGCCACUACCCGAUAGGGGUGACACCGGUUUGGCAAACAUCUCCACUUUGUUUUUCCCCUCUGUUUUUCUAUUUAUCUCUAUAUAGCGACCCUGCUUUCUUUUUAAAUAAUUUUCUAUUAAAAGUUAUAUUUUAUCAAUUUUUGGGUUGCUGUUACAGUACAAGAAACCUACUGGGAUACUAUUCAGAUUUAUUGUGCCCUUAAGGUUUGCUUGUACUCUCUUUGACUACAGGAAACGGAACACACUUUGCUCCUCUGCUGGUCAAGUGUAGGAAACCUCCAUAAGACAAAGUAGUUCCUACUUUGUCUUAGGUUUUAAAGAAAACUAGAGCAAACAGGAAUAAAUGAAGAACAGAUCCUGAGAGAGGGAGAGAAGAGAAAUCGAUUAAAGAAAGGUAAGUUCGACAUGACAGUGCCGCUUUAAAGUUAACCUGGAUCUUCAUAUGCACUUCACUCCACGGACAAUCUUCCAGAGAGAAUAAUCAUCUUAUCUAAGCUCUCUCUUUCUUCAGUCAUGUUUGCUUCCAUAUUUUUGUAUGUUUCAAUGUUAUUGAGGCAAUGAGGGUUUGUACAAUUGCAAGAAUAUAAGCAGGAGUAUAACAAAGAUAUAAGAGCUUUCUAAAUAUAUAAACUUACCAAAACACUUGCCAUUCCCCUCCCAAACUUGCUCUUAAAGUCAUGCAUGCAGAAUCAAGUUAUACAAUGUGUGGCUUCCCCUCUACUACCACAGUAGUGUUUUCAAAUAAUGUUUCAAAAAACAUACUGUUUUCAAAUAUUUUUUAGUGCUCACGUCACUUCUGCAUUAAGAGAGUUAACGUAGGUUUGGUGAUUCCAGAUUUUCUGCCCUCAGUCUCUGGAUUCUCUUCAAACAGUGGGGAGAGGAUGCCAUUUGUCUGCAAGAAAACCUGUACUGAGUUUUGUCCAGAUUCACUAAAAGUAACAAGGUUUCUGUUAAAGGGACACUAUAGGCACCCAGACCACUGCAACUCGUUGUAGUGCUCUGGAUACAGUAUCCCUAUUGCACUUACUGCUGCAAUGUUAAACACUGCAGUUCCAGAGAAACUGCAAUGUUUACAUUGAAGCACUAAGUCUGCCUCCAGUGGCUGUCUUCCAGACAGCCACUGAAGGCAGACUUAGUGCUUCAAUGUAAACAUUGCUGCUACUGGAGCACUUCCUGGAUCCUAACGGACCUUUGUUCUGGUAUCUGAUGCUGGACAUCCUCGCGCUCUGCAUGAGGACAUCCAGCGUCAGAUUCUUCCCCAUAGGAAAGCAUUAAUUCAGUGCUUUCCUAUGGGGAGGUCUAAUGCGCGCAAGGUAUUUGCCACGCAUGCGCAUUACUGCCCGGUCAUCAGCUUUGUAUUACUGGCACUUAUAGUAUCCCUUUAACAAAAGAGACUUAUCAAGCUUUCCCUUGAGAAUACCUGGCUUCCUAUGUGCUUUUAUAGGCUAAAGAUAACAAGAAGGAUAAGGAAAGUUUACUCACUUACAGGGUAAAGUAUAAACGUGCAGAAACAUUCUAUAUUAGUAACAUUCUGAUGAAAAUCACUGAAUAUUCAUAAGAAUUGCAAAUCACAUACUUACUAAAUGCAAUUCAAGGUGUAUUUAGCAAAUUGCAUUGAAUAGUCACAUCUAGUUUUGAACAAUUCAGCUUCUGCUAAAAAUUCCACAUCGCAUAUGAGAUGGAUAUUUAUCAAACACUGAACAACUGCACAGAUUAGCUUCAAAGUGCUCCAGUAGGAAGAAUGUAUGCAAAAUGUAAUUCACACAACAGAAAUCUGCAGCGUGUGCCCAGGCAGGCAGACAAAUAAAUGGAAAUAACUGAGCCCCUUAGACCUCUAGUGCUGUUUUAAUGCAUUUACAUGUAUUUCAUAUUUAACCACUGGCAUUUGUUUCAAAUCACGAGCUACCCCCCAUAUUAGGACAAUUACAUUACAAAUUCUUGGUUUGCGUUUGUGGGAGUUAUUCCAUCGUUACACUGUAUCACUGAACGUUCUAUUGCUCUCAGUGCAAGCUGUAUGCAGUACACGUGGGUGUGGCGCCACCAUGUGACGUGUAGGAGCCGUCAGCAAGGUGACAACGUACUCUCCCGGAAGAGGAAGUCCUGGAUGACUGCUGGAGCACACAGGGGCAGCCUGGUGGGAGCUCUGCCUGCUGCUGGAGGGGUAAUGAGUUGUGUAUAGAGGUGGGUGUUACAGUGUGUCUGCCACUGGUGACAUGUAUUCCUGCUGUAGUGCAGUGCACUGUGCUGAAUGUAUUGCUCACACAUGGCAAAUAUAUUGACAAUGCUGGGCUUUUAUUGUGCUUGGGGGUUUAUUAUAUCCCUAUAAUCACUCUGAUAUAAAGAAAUAUUAUAUACUAUAGACAGCUCUUAGAAUUGUAGCAACUUGGACCAUGUCAAUCCCUGGGGAUAUAUUUAAAUGCAGUAUAGUAUAAAGGUCAUAUAAAAAAUAAAUGUCAUGUAUGUGACUUUCUAUAUUAAUGAAUAGUAUGCUAUUAUGAUACUUUAAAGGGACACUAUAGUCACCCAGACCACUUCAGCUCAACGAAGUGGUCUGGGUGCCAGGUCCCCCAGGUUUUAACCCUUCAGAUGUGAAACUCCUAUGUUUACAUAGCAGGGUUAAUCCAACCUCUAGUGCCUGUCUUCCUGACAGCCACUAGAGGCGCUUCUGCGACGUUGGAUGUGAAAAUCGCAUCCAGCAUGCAGAGCGUACAUAGGAAAGCAUUGAGAAAUGCUUUCCUAUGGACUGUUUGAAUGCACUGCGCAUGCACAUUCGGCUCCACUCUGGAGCUGGCGGCGGGGGAGGAGAAGUCACUAGCGCCGAGGGAGGCUGGCGCUGGAUUAAGGUAAGUGGCUAAAGGAGUUUUAAUCCCUUCAGCCCAGCAGGAGGGGGGCCCUGAGGAUUGUAUAAUGUCAGGAAAACGGGUUUGUUUUCCUGACACUAUAGUGAUCCUCUAAAAUGGAGCAAGAUGGAAAAUAUUUUCUCUUAUGUUAAACUGCGAAUGCCUGUCAUCUUGUAAUUAAAAGAUAGAAAACUGAAAGGUUUUAUGUAAAUUAUUUACUUGUCAGAGAGUUCUAUAUUAAUCCGAUAAUCUCUGGAAUAAAACAUGCGCAGAAGUACCCAUAAACCCUGUAAGGCAUGUAUACCACAUGUCUAGCUAUGACCUAUCUACAUAUAUUUAGAAAAUCCAUAACCACCACAUUUCACUGUGGUUAUUGUGCACAGAAUCCUUUUCCCGCUGUGUCCCUGGUUUGUAUAAAAAGGCUCAGCUUUUCCAACUCAUUCCUGGUCCCUCUGCUGCGACUGAAAUAAUGUGGAAGGGAACCUUGCCAUUAUCCAUCCAACUUUGGAUGGCAGUGAAAGGCCACGCACACUCAAGAGGCCACCGUGAUAAUGCAGAAGUUUACUUGUACAUUUUUUUCAAGCUGCAGCAGGGGGACCAGGCUUUAGUUGUCAGGAUAAAUUUGUUUUAUAUCUGACAGCUUAAACUGUUUCACGUAAACCAGAGGGUCUGGAUCCAAAUAUGCAUUUUACCAUAACUGGUACAAUGAUUUGCAGUGUUUAUAGGGCUUAUAGCCUUCAUUAAAGAGUCGCUCUAGACCGGAAGUGACAUUUCUACACAUUUUAAUGGGUAAUGUAGAUUUCACCUGAGCUGUUGUCAAAAUGUGUAAAGCUGUCCCUUACACUAUUUAUCAGCCAUUGAGGGGAGGUAGGCACUUGAACAAUGUGCACCAUCCGCAAUUCUCUGCUGUUUGGGAGAUCAAGUUAAGGAUUGUAGCUGCAGUGAUUUGCAUCAUAAAUUAAAAACACCAAGCACCAUUAUAGUUUUUCACAGUGAAUUGUGGUGCUCUAAAAUAAAGCAGCUUUGAAAGUAUAUGUAUCCAUCUCGGAAAAUUCAUACCCAGCAUUUGGAAUACUUUUUUAAAUUCACUAAUGGUAAAUGAGUCCACUAGAUUAAAGUAUAUCUUGAAAUAUAAAACGGUGCUGACACUUGCAGGUUAAUUUAAUAAACAUUCUAGCACCAUAAGCACUACAGAUCAUUGUAUAGUUUAUGCCGCAAGGAGUCUUUGGGUGCAGUUUCUCCAUUUAAAAAAACAACCUGAUUUCACACGGUUUGACAACAAACAUCUCUCCCAGCCCCUAAAGUCCGGUCUCUGAUCCUGCUGAGAUAAAAAAAUAUUUUGGUUCCUCAUUUUCUAUUCAAAUUUGGUGGUGAUAGGCUGAGAUUGUUGUGGGCAGCUAAACCAUAACCACUACAAUAAACUGUAGCAGUUUUGAUGAGCAGUGUGACUAAUGAUAUAUCUAUUAUCAGUCAGUGGGCUUUUGAUGAAGAAUUGUGCAGACAUCAGUAUUAUGUAAGAAUGAGUCUUUCAGGGCACAACUGGAUCUAGUCAAUCCCAGUGCUAUGCAUUUUUCAUUAUGUUUUUUGUAAUUAAACAGAAAAUCUGGUCGAUCUUUUUAUACACCAUUUUAUAUCUCCAUCUUUCUUUCUACAGCUUCCGCACCAAAAUGCCAUUCCGAUGACAUCAUCAUCAUGCUUCUGACUGCGUACUUUGUACUUGUGGGUCUGCUAGCUCUAUGGGCAGUGCUGGAAUUUUCUGUCUGCCACUCCAAGCCACCAGCAACAAGCAGUUCCUCUGGCAAUCCAGCGUUUCGCAGUUUCCAGUAUGCCUUCUACAGAGCCUACUUUCCAGCUCUAGCUGCAGACUGGCUGCAAGGCCCUUAUCUGUACAAACUGUAUCAUCAUUAUCAUUUCCUGGAGGGUCAGAUUGCUAUCAUCUAUGUGUGUGGUUUUGGAGCCAGUGUAUUAUCAGGUCUGGUAAGUGCCCCACUUACAGGUCGACUUGGGCGAAGAAAGUCCUGCAUACUCUUUUGCUUUCUCUUAGCAGGGUGUUAUCUGUGCAAGCUGUCACAGGACUAUUUUGUUCUUCUGACCGGAAGGGUGCUGGGAGGCUUCUCCAGCUCCCUUUUGUUUUCUUCCUUUGAAGCAUGGUAUGGUCAUGAGCAUGCUGAACAUCAUGAUUUCCCUGCUGAGUGGCUUCCUCACACCUUCUCUCAGGCAGCAACCUGGAAUGGGGCUAUUGCUGUAAUAGCUGGGGUGACAGCAAAUGCCUGCGCAGAGUGGCUUGGAUUAGGACCGGCUUCACCGUCUGUGCUUGCAGUGCCACUCCUAGUAUUAUCUAUAGCUCUGGUGGUACGUGAAUGGGAUGAGAAUCAUGGACAAAGCGCAGGCUUCACCAGGACGUGUGGUGAUGGAUUGCGGUGCUUGCUGAGAGACAGACGUGUACUUCUUUUGGGUGCCAUUCAGGCCUUGUUUGAAAGUGUAGUUUAUAUUUUCAUCUUUCUUUGGACCCCAGUACUAGAUCCUCAUAACACACCACUUGGCAUUGCCUUCUCCAGUUUUAUGGCAGCCAACGCAGCAGGUUCAUCACUCUAUCGCCUUGGUACUUCCAAAAAAUAUCAUCUGCAACCCAUGCACGUGCUGUGUCUAUCUGUCCUAAUGGUCUUCUUUUCUCUGUUCAUGCUAACCUUCUCUACGGGUCCAGGCCAGGAACGUCCAACUGAGUCAUUCCUAGCCUUCCUCCUAAUCGAGUUGGCUUGUGGACUAUACUUUCCAGCUAUGGGAUUCCUGAGACGUCGUCUGAUUCCAGAAAAAGAGCAAACUGGUGUAUUGAACUGGUUUAGAGUUCCUUUGAAUUUACUUGCUGGACUUGGACUACUCGUACUUCAUGACACUGAUCACCAGACUGGCACUAGGAACAUGUUCAGCUUGUGUGCUUUUACAAUGUUGCUUGCUUUGCUCAGUGUAGUAAGUCUCUUUUCCUUGGUAAGAAAUGACCCAGAGCUGCGUUUACCAAGUUCUGAGACAGAAGCCAGCGGACCUGAGAUCUGAAUAGUCAGAAGAAAAUAGGUGCAUGUUGGGGAACAAAAACAAAAUCAGGAGAACCAAAAGGAUGGCCAAAAUGUUUGGCCGAGGAACUGCAAGAUAACAAACAUGGAAAUAGGUCUUUUUGACAUUAUUUGAGAUAUGUGAAGUGUGUCAUGGUGGAAUUUAAAUAUUCUCUCCACUCCAGAUAACGGUUAAUGGAAGAUAGAAUGGAAUAUAGGAUGUCCCACAAAUUUGUUCUUUUAUGUUGCCUGGACUGCACUGAAGAAUUCACCAUGUCCUGACCUCUACGAUUAUUAAUGCAAAUAUUUAACUUGAUGGGGUGGCAAAGGGGUAUAUGAAGGUGCGAACUGAAACUUCCUGGAUUUUUUUUAAACGUUACUCGUUAUUAAAAUAUUGUGCUAAAAGCGUAUCUUUGCUCUAUAUGCAGCUUUAUGUUUCUUUAAAUCACAAAGUGUUUCUACCUGUAAGUAGUCAUAUGUAGCCUGUAAUUUGCAAGACUGUUUUUACAUUUUUUUUUUUUUAUUAUAUACGAAUAGUUGUAAACUUGUGAGAAACUCCAGAGGCUUUUUAAAAUUAAUGUCUCAAUUUGUUAAAUUUAUCUAAGUGGGGAAACUCCAGACGUGUAUACAGCUUUAAUUUCAAACCUCCAGUGAUGUCAGAAGCAGAAAGGAAGAGACCAGUUGAUGGGGAGGGAGUAUAUAUUUUUUAUCUUUAUUAUUUUAUUUGCUUGCAAAAACAAAGAAAAAUACUAAAUCAAUGCUGUUUUUAUUUAUACUGUGUUAAAGGUCACAAUGGCAUGCUAGGUUUAUUUUUUACCAACCAUGUAGUCUCAUGCUCCUGUUCAUGUUACUUGCAACUUAAUUUGAAUGAACAAAGCUGUUCAGAAUGUAGGCUGAAACAUGUUUGCAACAUUAGCCGUGUUCUGCUCAUUGUCCACAACUAAGGCAUUAUGUAUAUAUUUUGACACCAUUUUGGGUAAACAGGGAGAUAUCUGAUUUUUAGUUAUUACUUUUCACAGAAUCGUUCAUCACUGUAAAAACAUCAGUCCGGGAGUAUCAGAGUUAUUUUGAAAUAAUAUAUAGAUAAUCGAAAACAAAUGGCAUUAUUGAAGGCUAAAU